CGGGUCCCAGAGAAAUCUGGAAAGAUGCAAAACAAAAUGCAGAAGAAACCCAGGAUCCUCUGCCUCCAUGGAUUCAGAACAAGCGCUGAAAUCCUCAAGCAUGUAAUCGGAAAAACAUGGCCUGAAGCUGUACUCGAAAAGCUCGAUCUUCAUUUUCUUGAUUCGCCAUUUCCUGCCCGAGCAAGGUCGGACGUUGAAAGCAUAUUUGACUUCCUCACGCUUUUAUUUUUCCAUUUUCUUUCUGAUAAUCCCAAAUACAGGCUACUUUGGAGUAUUCUAGUUCGCAUUUUGAAAAAGAGUAUUGCACAUAUAGAAGAUUAUAUGACGAAACACGGUCCAUUUGAUGGGUGCAAUAGUGACCGCCCUAUUACCGGACGUGCAAGCGAAGGGUAUUGCACUUACAAAAGUACCACAAAUAAAGUUCUUGACACUGAUAUGAUCAGAAGCCAAGUUUUGAAGAGAUAAAAUUCGGGCAUCAUAAACUGGCAUCGAGUGAAUCUCCUGUUGGGUGCCUACCCCUCCACUUUAUAGGUGAGAAGUGUUUUUUAAAGGAAAAAGGGAUUUUUCUUCUGAAAUCAAUUGUGGAUCCUGUU